AUGUCUCAAAUCGUUCCAUCUUCUUCCUCAAAUAAUUCAUCGUCGCCGUGGUUGGUCACUACAGGAAGUGGUUUUGAUAAAUCAAGUGAUAUGACUGCUGUCAUUCCUAUUAGCAAUGAUAUUUACGAAUUGGAAAAACAAAAAGUUAGAUUUGUCUGUGAAAAGUGUAAAGGAUCGGAAUAUAGAUUGGGAGAGGUUAGAAGUUGUGGUUCUCUGAUGGCCAAAAUAUUCAAUGUACAAAAUAGAAGAUUCAUCACUGUGACUUGUUCAACUUGUGGGCAUACACAAUUCUUUGAAUCGACGCAAUCUGCUCUGGCUAAUAUUUUGGAUAUUCUCAUCAGAUAG